AUAUCGAAUAGAAAAAAAAUGCUGUUUAUUGGGCUGUUUGCUUUGCUGAAUGCGAUAGAAGCAGUAAGAAAUCCAACUCAGGUUGUGGCCAUAGCUUUACCGAUUGCACAGCUAAAUGAUGCAAAAUCUCAGAAUAUGCAACUGUUCACCAGCGAAGAUGACACUCACAAGAGUGAUUUUGACGAUCGUACCGGUAACGCAGUCAAGUCAAACCAUAAUGUCAAUAUCAACUCCGUUGUUUAUUUUUUUCAAUUGGAAUUUAUAAGAGAUAUAUACAAAUUUAGUGAAACUCGUCAUUUCCUUCAGUUUCUUCAUUCAAUCAAAUACGACCAUCGACAGUGUCCUGAAAAUUCUGAUAAAGGCCCUGUUGACGUUAUCAUUUCUAUUGUGGUUACCAACAUUCGUGCUGUAUCCGAAGUUACUAUGGAUUAUGCACUGGAAUUAAUCUAUCGAGAAAAGUGGCGUGACGAACGUUUACAGUACAACGAUACAGCAUUCCAAAACAAAUCAGAAAUUGCCCUACACGAAAGCUACACCGAAUUUCUAUGGCAUCCAGAUACAUUUUUUCCAAAUGCCAUAUCGUCGAAGAGUCCACAGAAACAAUCAAUUUCUCAUCGUUCAUUAUUACGGCUUCAACAGAAUGGAACUAUACUGUACAGUCGACGUGUUUCUGUGGUAGCCGAAUGUCCAAUGGAUUUAACACUGUUCCCAUUUGAUUCACAAAUUUGUAAAUUGGGAAUAGAAAGCUAUGGUUAUACAUCUGAUCGGGUUCGUUAUGUAUGGUCUAUGCCACCAGGUACAAAAGCUUUAGAGCUGAAACCAAUACGUCUGCCAGAUUUCAAAAUUAAGGAAGCCUAUGUAACAACACAUUUUGAGCCAUAUGCUACAGGUACUUAUGAUAGACUGUAUAUUUGCUUUGUUUUUACGCGUUCAUCAGGUUUCUGUUUUCUACAGCUUAUUCUUCCAUCAACAGCUGUUGUUAUAACUUCUUGGGUUUCACUGUGGAUGGAAAGUGAAACUGAAUUUCAGGAUAUGAUAUCAAUUAUACUGGCAAUAACAUUUUUAGUAUUUUCAUACAACGAAAUGAUGCCUCGUGUCAGUUAUAUCAAAGCAAUGGACGUCUAUUUGGGUGUCUGCUUCAUGAUCGUUUUUCUUUCGCUUAUAAAGUUGGCAUUUGUCAAAUAUAUGAGGCAACGUUUAAAACUGAACAAAGAUACAUCGUUGGUUGCCGGCUUUCUCCCGGUAGUCACCGUUGCAGCUGGACCAUUUUCAUGCGAAGAAAACGGUCUUCCAUCGCAUAUUACAGCAAAUAGUGCUCUAACAAAAUGGCAGUUCUAUCUGUUUAGCGUUAUUGUUGCCUUGAUGGUUUUCUUUUUCGGUUUUGUGCUAUUCUGUAUGUUCUACUUCCUGGUCUAUCCAAACCUGCAUAUUGGUAUGAUAGAUCAAGAUGAAGAAUGCGCUCGAGAAAAGGCAGAAUUUUUUGCUGAACUUCAACCGAAACGAUAUCGGCACUAG